GAGGUCCCGCAGCGCUCCUGAAUCUGAAGAGCUCCGACAGUCACAGAGGAGACCUGCUGGAUCUCAGAGACCAGGACCAAGAGCGGGAUGGAGGAGGACAACCAGGACCCGGAGCCCCGGAGCAACAACGUCCCCGGAGGACAAACAGCAGGCUCGAGCUCUGAUAGCACCGAUGUUCAGAAACUGAGAGGAAGAGAGGGAAUCAACCGCUGUCAUCACUGUGAUAAAUCCUUCUCAACAUCUGGAUCUUUAAAGAUUCAUCAGAGAAUUCACACUGGAGAGAAACCGUACAGAUGCGACCAGUGUGGGAAAACCUUCACUCGAUCAGGUGAACUAAAAGUCCACCAACGUGUUCACACUGGAGAGAGACCGUACAGGUGUGACCAAUGUGGUAAAGCUUUCACUGCAUCAGGUGAACUAAAAAAACAUAAACGUUUUCACACUGGAGAGAAACCGUACAGCUGUGACCAAUGCAGCGCAGCGUUCACUACAUCUGGUUGCCUAAAAAUCCACCGACGUGUUCACACUGGAGAGAAACCGUACAGUUGCGACCAAUGUGUGGCGGCGUUCACGACAUCUGGUUGCCUAAAAAUACACCAACGUGUUCACACUGGGGAAAAACCAUACAGCUGUGAUCAAUGUGGAAAAGCGUUCACAACAUCCGAUAAACUAAAAAUUCAUGGACGUGUUCACACUGGGGAGAAACCAUACUGGUGUGAGCAGUGUGGAAAAAAUAUCCCUACAUCAGCUGAACUAAAAAGGCACUGUCGUGUUCACACUGGAGAGAAACCGUACAGCUGUGGCCUGUGUGUGAAAGCUUUCACUACAUCAACUGACCUAGAAACCCACAAACGUGUUCACACUGGAGAGAAACCGUACUGCUGUGAUCAAUGUGGGAAAGCUUUCACUCAGAGUGGUUCCCUUAAACGUCACCAACGCAGUCACAGUGCUUCAUUUUAACUUUUUCAUCAUGCUACAGGAUUCUUCUCUACAAACUGAGUGAUAAACAACAAUAACUGUAUAUUUUUGAGCAGCACGUCAUGGCUACAAUAACAUACAUUCUACUGAGUAGGGCUGAACGAUUAAUUGCAUUUGCCAUAUUAUCGCAAUGUGAUAAAACCAGAUUUUCUAAUCACAAAGGCUGCGAUUACACUCUGGUCACAUGACACCCAAGACUAAACCAGUCUGCAGAGGAAGCAUCAAAUUUGCACGUUACGCUGUAACGUUGACUUGUUGUUGUACAAUGUAGCUGACACUACAGAAACUUAACUGUCACUCAGGGAAUGAAAGUAGCUCCUGCGGAUAACUUGGUGGUGGGUGAAAUCUUUGGGCCAUCCGCCGCUUUGACGGACAGAAAAAAAGACAGAAAAGAAAACGGAAAGACACGUGUAAACGUAUUACGGCGAUCUGCGCCUGCAUCACAUCACACACAGCCACCAGUCAGCUCAGGAAAUAUCUGUGAAACAGCAUUUCAAACCAAACUCACAAGUCUGAAAGUGGCCCAGUCUGUCAAGAGUGCGCUACUUAUCAGCAUCGGAGGCUGCGGGGGGGCUUUUAUGGCGUGUAUGAAAAUGUCAGCCUUAUUCUAUCAGCUCGGCUGACCUCGAAGUUAUCCAUCGAUCCUGCUUCGUUACAGCCCCUGAUUCACUUGGAUUUUCACUUUUAAGGAACAACUAUUCUCUCUAAGUAGUAGAGUUGAAUAUUUGUUCAUGAAUAGUAGUAAUAGUUUUUAUUCUACCUAUGUACUUUACUAUAAUAAAGUAUUAUUUUCCCACUGUCCAUUUAUUUGUGAAGUAUUUCCUUGAUUACGCGUUUCGUAACGAAAUGUUAAAAACUUGCCUAUUGCUGUUGAGAAAAGUCCAAGGUGAUUUCAUCAAGACACCUGCUUUGCCCAACCAAAACUUCAACCCUGGAUGGAUCAGCCUUCGUAAUCACCACAUGACCUCAGUAUGACACUGAGUCAAAUGAUAACAGGUGGAGAUGGUAACCUUUUUCUAUGUUCACAGAUGCUCUCUGGUGUCAGAUGUGAAUGUCCUCCUUGAUCUGUCUCCUGCUCGGUGACUGUUGUUGUCGAAGCGAAUUGAGCUCUGAAGCUUGAACCAAUGUGGAUUUUCUCUCGUGCUCUCUCAAAAUGCAGGCAUGCUGAGUAACGUUAGUGUGGAAUAAUCCAACACUCCUCUUUCUUUUAGCGGCUCUCUCUAAAUCUUGCUUGCUUCUCUCUCUCCUUUUCACUCUUCUGCUCUGUCUUGUUCUGUGUUAAAUAUUUAGGUAUUUCUCUUUCUCCUUAAGUCGUUAGCUGUUGUACUUAUUCAGCCGCACGUAAUCUGUGCAGACUGACCUGAGGUACCUAAGCGGUUACCAUCUCCACCUGAAUACAUCCACCUGUUAUCAUGUGACCGUGCUGGACUAGAGUCAUGUGAUGAGGAAGUUCAGUUUGUUUAAGAAGGCCAUGGGAUGUGGUCAAAAGCUCCAACAAAGAGGUAGUAUGUGAGGCUUGAGUUUAGACUCAUUUAUUACUAAAGUGUCUCGUCACACCCAAGUUUAUUACAGAUUUGUUCCCAAGGUCAAGAAUGAACCUCCACCAUUGCUGUUCUUGUGUUGCAGUUAAACGUAUUUUCAUUAAAUAAUCUGUAUUUUA